AUGGCCAUACUCCCGAUUGCGGCGGCUGUGCUCGCUGUCGUGCUCUUCGUCAAGCACAUCUUCCUCGAUCCCCUCAUCCUCAGCCCUCUUCGCCACGUCCCCGGCCCCAAAUCCUUCGCCGCGACAAAAUGGCGCCUUGCCUACGAAGACUGGAAAGGAACGCGAACUCGCACGAUUUUUAAACUACAUCAACAAUACGGACCAGUCGUGCGCAUCGGUCCUCAUGAGGUCUCUUUCAACAGCCUGUCAGCGCUACGAACCAUCUACGGACCCGGAAGCCGAUAUGGCCGAACCACUUUCUAUCGCAUGUUUGAUGUCUACGGCGAGCAGAAUUUAUUCACGUUCCACUCGCCCAAGGAGCAUGGCGAUAGGAAGAAGCUGUUGUCGCAUGCGUAUUCCAAGUCCGUUGUUCUCAAGCCGCCGACCGCGAAAAUGGUUGAGAGGAGAGUUCGUCAGUACCUGGACCUGAUUGAAGCCGAGCCUGAGAAUGUCAGUGAGAUUUUCAGCACUCUGCAUUACUAUUCUCUGGACAAUAUCACCGCUUUUGUUUACGGAAAGUAUGGCCAGACUGCAGCAAUUCGAGGAUCAAAGAUUCAUCGAGAACUCAUCGCGGAUAUUCUGCAUCCCUCUCGUCGAAAGCUUUCUUGGUCUAUCGUGCAUCUGAAGACUUUGACUCAAUGGCUGUACCGCCAGUCGGGAUUAAUGGGACAACUUGUAAAGCCGGUUCUUCCGAUGCAGCAGCCUACUACAUACACUGGUAUCCGAGGAUAUGCUCUGCGAGCUUUUGAGGCUUUCCGAGCUGAUGUUGAGAAGAUUACUCAGUCGGAGGAUGAGCAUGUCUCGAUUGUGGAAAAUCUCUGGCAACAUCAUGAAUCUCAAAAGCCUGGUGGACUCCGCGAUCUGCAGAUGGCGUCUGAAUGUGCUGACCACUUCCUCGCUGGCAUCGACACCACUAGCGAUACGCUUAUGUUCCUCGUCUGGGCACUCUCACUUCCGGGCAAUGAGAAAUACCAGGAAAAGCUGCGGGAAGAAGUCAUGGCCAUCUCAGGUGAUGGACUGAACCAAUGGGGUAAUCCAAGAGCUGAGGCAAGUGAUCGAUGCACAUAUAUCAACGCCGUCAUCAAGGAGACUCUACGACUCUAUGCUCCUUUGCCAAGCACCGAACCUCGUUCGAUUGACAUUGAUUCGGUUAUUGAUGGAUAUACCAUUCCUGGCAACACUGUUGUUGGCAUGUCGCCUUGGAUCAUGCACCGCAACGAGUCGGUAUUCAAGGAUCCCUUGGUCUUCAACCCUGAUCGGUGGCUUGGACCUGAUGCAGCGGAGUUGAACCGAUGGUUCUGGGGAUUCUCGAGUGGAGGACGAAUGUGCAUUGGCAUGCAUCUUGCCAUGGCUGAGAUGACAACCCUUACAGCUACCAUGUACCGACAGUUUAGAACGACAAUUGCUCCAGGGUUUGAGGAUACUACGCCCGCUAUUACAGCUCGCGUCGAGACUUUCUACGAUGAUCGAUUCCCCAAGGUUCAGGAAUCAAAAUGCCUGAUCAAGUUUACGAAACUGAAGCAGUGA